GUAACCAGUUAUUGCUACUCAUUCUUGCGAUUUUUCAUCUUUUUUAGGAAUUUUGUCGAAACAGGCGAAAUCGCCGGUGUUUUUGAAGCGAACAAUCAAGAACCACUGUUGCUGCGCUGGAACACUCCAGCCCGAUAUUAUGGAUGCCGUUUAUCGGAAACACUUGCCUCAGUAAAAGGAGGCCUCUCAUUCGAUUGCCCAAAAUUCUUUAUCGUAUAUGACGUGAAAACGAAUUUUGGCUCUGUGGCAAUGUUCACAGGGUCCAAUAUGGCCGAUCAACUUCGCGCAGCGGUCUGUUUGGAGCUGGUCCUUUGUCGAGGAAUGAUCCCAACACCAACUGAAUUGGACGAAGUUAUGGAGGGUCUGGAAAGUGCGGGUUGGUCAGUGAAUAAACAUCGGCUGGUAUUCGAUCAUUGGACUUAUUCAGAAAAAUGA